AGACAGUCUUUAUCUCACAUAAUUAUUUUCGACAAUAUGGUGGACUUGUUGCCAGGGGCAACACUGUUCGUUUUAUUGCUUCGAACAAAUUCAGCUUUUCUGUUGAGCAACACUGCUGGCGAUGUCACUUUGCAUAAUUGCACGGACAAGCUGGACAAUUGUGACGAGUAUGACGGUGGAAACUUGUGUACGGACCCGACGUUCCAUGUGUGGGUGCUUGACAACUGUCAGGGCUACUGUGGACUGCAUGGGUGCAAAGAGGCGUGUGACGACAAUGAAUUCCUCCCCACAUGCGCUGAUAUUAACAGACCACUUAACUGCUCCGACGCUUCAGUAGCAAGGAAUUGCAGAAGAUCGUGCGGCUUUUGUUCCUUUGAUGAUGGUGGCUGGUCCGAGUGGGGCACUUGGAACGGAUGUGACGUCACGUGCGGUACCGGCACGCGCCAGCACGAGCGCUCGUGCACCAACCCUUCACCGCAUUAUGGGUUACCUUGCCUUGGGAGUAAUAGCGAGACAGGCGUGUGUACAUUGUCGCCUUGUCCGGGUAUGACAGUAAAUGGUGUAUGGAGUGCUUGGGGCUUGUGGGAGUCGUGCUCGGUUACAUGUGAUGGGGGAAUGCAGAUGAGAAUGAGGAGUUGUACAAGUCCUGACGCCGGGAACCAUUGCCCCGGGAAGCCAUCAGAGCACCGUGUGUGUAGUCUGCAGGCGUGUCAAGAUGGAGCUUGGUCUUCAUGGGAAAGAUGGAAUGUGUGCUCUAUAACAUGUGGAGGAGGAAUCAAGCGCCGGCAACGACAUUGCAAUAAUCCCCCACCAUCCCCGUCAGGGCGAUACUGUGACGGAAGCUCGGAACAAACCCUGAUAUGCAACAACAAUCCUUGUCCUGUCAAAGAUUGCCGAGACAUUAUGAAGUACAGUGUUGGGGCUUCGUCAGGAGUAUACACGGUGUAUGCGCCUACGACCUAUACGAGAGUUCAGGUGUUCUGUGACCUAGAUACAGAUGGAGGUGGUUGGACUGUAUUCCAGAAGCGAUUCAAUGGUUUAGUGAAUUUCUACAGACCAUUUGCAGACUACGAAGAAGGUUUCGGAACUGUUCAUGGUGAAUUCUGGCUCGGGUUGAAAUGGUUACACGAGUUCACUGCGUACGGUUCCUUUGAAUUACGGGUUGACAUAGAAACAGCUAACGGCACGACGUUUUCUGAUCACUACCGCUCGUUCAGAGUAACAGAAGGGUCAAAUUACAAAGUUUAUCUCGACAGAUGGGAUUGGUCUCCUGGUGUGACUUCAAACAGUAGCCUUUCGAACAUGAACCGGAUGAGUUUCAGCACGUAUGAUCACCAAACGCACCAUGUUGCCGGUAAUAACUGUGAUUUGCAGUACGAGCCUGGCUGGUGGUAUUAUAGCUGCUACAACGCCAACCUCAACGGAAAAUAUCUUGUUCCCGGCACCCACAGCAUAGUCGGCAUGUGUUAUGAAAACUAUGACGGAAAUCAACAUGAAAGUCUGAAAUCAAGCAAAAUGAUGUUUCGGACAAGACAGUACAUAUUUCACCUAAUCAUUUUCGACAAUAUGGUGGACUUGCUGCCAGGAGUAAUACUGUUCAUUUUAUUGCUUCGAACAUGUUCAGCUUUUUUGCUGAGCAACCCUGUUGCCGACAGCAAUCUGCUCAAUUGCAAGGACAAGCUGGACAAUUGUGACGAGUAUGACGGUGGUAACUUGUGUACGGACCCGACGUUCCAUGUCUGGGUGCUUGACAACUGUCAGGGCUACUGUGGAUUGCAUGUGUGCAAAGAGCUCAAUUACCAGCUGAAUUGCACAGACAAGCUGGACAAUUGUGACGAGUAUGACGGUGGAAACUUGUGUACGGACCCGACGUUCCAUGUGUGGGUGCUUGACAACUGUCAGGGCUACUGUGGAUCGCAUGAGUGCAAAGUUGAUGGUGGCUGGUCCGAGUGGGGUGCGUGGAACGGAUGUGACGUUACGUGCGAUACCGGCACUCGCCAGCACAAACGCACGUGCACCAACCCUUCACCGCAGAAUGGGUUACCUUGCCUUGGAAGUAAUAGUGAGACAGGCGUGUGUACAUUGUCGUCUUGUCCAGGUGGGUGGAGUAGUUGGGGCAUGUGGGAGCCGUGCUCGGUUACAUGUGAUGGGGGAAUGCAGAUGAGAAUGAGGAGUUGCACCAGUCCUGUCGUCGAAAACCAUUGCCCCGGGAAGCCAUCGGAGCACCGUGCGUGUAGUUUGCAGGCGUGUCAAGACGGAGCUUGGUCGUCUUGGGAACGUUGGAAUGUGUGUUCUAUAACAUGUGGAGGAGGAACCAAGAGCCGGCAACGACAUUGCAAUAAUCCCCCACCAUCCCCGUCAGGGCAAUACUGUGACGGAAGCUCGGAACAAACCAUGAUAUGCAACAACAGCCCUUGUCCUGUUAAGAAUUGUAUGGACAUUCUGAGGUACAGUGUUGGCGCAUCAUCAGGGGUUUACACAGUGUAUGCGCCUACGACUUAUAAGAGAGUUCAGGUGUUUUGUGACCUAGAAACAGAUGGAGGUGGUUGGAUUGUAUUCCAGAAGAGAUUUAAUGGUUCGGUGAAUUUCUACAGACCAUUUGCAGACUAUGAAGAAGGUUUCGGAUCUAUUUAUGGUGAAUUCUGGCUCGGGUUGAAAUGGCUACAUGAGUUCACUGCGCACGGUACCUUUGAAUUACGGGUUGACAUAGAAACAGCUAACGGCACGAUGGCGUACGAUCACUACCGGUUAUUUAGCGUAGCAGAAGGGUCAGAUUACACAGUUCAUCUCGGCCUUAGAGUCUUUUCUCAUGGACUGACUACAGAAAAUCAGCUUACGUACAUGAACGGGAUGAAUUUCAGCACGUAUGACCACGACAGAGACAAUGCUGGCGAUAUUAACUGUGCUUUUUCGCACAAGGGUGGCUGGUGGUAUAAUAGCUGCUACCACGCCAAUCUCAACGGACUGUAUCUUGUCCCUGGCACUCAUGACAUGAACAGCAUGUGUUAUGGAAGCUAUGAUGGAUUCCAUCACGAAAGUCUAAAAACAAGCAAAAUGAUGUUCCGGCGUGUCUAAAAAUUGUUAUUUGGCAUCUAGACAAAGGUAUUUCACGUGUGUAAACAAAGAACGAUUGACAAUUUAAACAGUACAUUUAUCUCUCACGUGUAAUUAACUGUUAAUUAAAUGUGCGAUCAAUAAAGGGUUACAUAUGUA